AUGAAUGCGCCACCCGUAUUACGGCCGUUGAGGGCCAUUUUGCAGAGGCGGCUGCAACUUGUGCCCUCUCGCCCCAUCCGAACACCUUACUACGUCCGAGCCUCCCAGCUCCGCCCUCAACUCCGCUGCAACUCCUCAAUACCCAAAGACCAAACCUUCAAAUCGGACAGCUCUGCCGAAGAGCCAGCGAAGGAACCAUCCCAAGAUACCCAAGCCUCGAGAACCGCAAGCCCGGCGGAAGAGGUCCAAGAUGUCAACCCAGAAGAACACCUGGAACCUCCAGAGCGCCCAGAAGCCACGAAAGGCGAGAUAGAGGUCCAUCAGGCCGAGCCGGCCGAUUUCGCCCAGGUGGUUCCUGGGGAACCUGUCGCGGAGUCUGAGGUCACAGUAAUCGAGCCAACAAGCUUGAAAGAGGCCGCUCUGCCGAAAUUCAAUGACGCGUUGAUCAAGUCCGCAUUCAAGCGAGUCAAGGCUGCGAGCGCUGAGAUCGAAGCCGGCAUAUCAGAAGUAGUAGCACGGCAGAUCGAGGCUGCUGAGGCCGCUGCCACGAGCGAGACACAAGAAGAAAUCCCAACCCCAGGGCCCGACCACGCAUUCGUGAGGUCGAAGAUGCAGGAAGUGGAGGCUUUGUCCUCACAGAUACGAGUCGGCCUCCACGAGUUCGAGCAAUUGGGCCUGCAAGCGGCACAGGAGGUUGAGACGAUCCUUGAGAACCCAGCGGUCACUGCGAAAAGCGAGGGCGCGCUCCCAGAUGAGAUAGUGAAGGCUGCGGAAGAAGUGCGUGAAACGGAGGAAAUCGGGGCAGGCGAGACGGAAACCUCUGAACUUGUGUUCUUGACUGCGACGGAAGCCCAGGAAAUUGUUAACGAAAAGAUCGCAACGGCCGAGCUCAACGAGGCACCAUCACAACAGCCGACUCCCCAAAGCGACUCGAAGGCUACAGCUGCGAAAAAGCAGGGGAGGAAGUCAAAGCACGAAGGUCUCAACGCAGCAGUGGAGAAAGAACUGCGGAAUCGGACAGAAGAAAGCGCCGCCAAUUUGGUCGAGGCUGAGGAUGACGUCCCAGACGAGCCGUCUCGUCUUCCGCGAAAUGUACAAGCGUUCUAUCUGCAGCCGCUCCGCCGGGAAGCGAAGUACAACUUGCCCUCUUGCAACCUUCAGCUGCGUUCAUACAGCGUCCGGCCGCUGGAGUCAUUCUGCGACUUCGCUCUGCGUGCGGCGUACUACCUGGGUCUGCCUGCUUACGGCCCGACACCACUACCUAAGAUCAUCCAGAGGUGGACGGUGCCCAAGUCCAGUUUCAUCUUCAAGAAGUCGCAAGAGAACUUCGAGCGUAUCACGCGCCGCAGGCUUAUUCAGAUCCGUGAUGGACAUCCAGAGACGGUGCAGAUCUGGCUGGCCUUCUUGCAGAAACACCAACAGGCCGGUGUGGGUAUGAAGGCCAAUGUGUGGGAGUUCAGCAGCCUUGAUGUCGCCAAAGAACUGGACCAGGCUUACGAGGAAGCCAAACCCAUAAUUGACAAGAAGUUCAACCUCUUGGGCCAGGACAGGGAGAUCGCGACGGUCGAGAAGGUGGACGAGAUCCUCACAAGUGAGAGGUACAAGCUGGCUGGAGCGCGGGCUGCGGAAGUCGCAUCAUCCCACAACGUCUACCCACCCACACAAUCAUCAUCACCACCAAGUCCUUACCAGCGCCGCGCAGCCACCACCACCACCACCACCACCACUACAUCCUUUAAAGAUGCUAGCCCAAGGGUGAUCUUCUCCGGAAUCCAGCCCACAGGCGUGCCGCACCUGGGCAACUACCUGGGGGCGCUGUCACAGUGGGCCACGCUGCAGAACGAAGCGGCGGCAGACAGCACCAACAGCACGCGGCUGCUGUUCUCGGUGGUGGACCUGCACGCCAUCACGCUGCCGCAGGAGGCGUCGCAGCUGCGGGCGUGGCGGCGCGAGAUGCUGGCCGCGCUGCUGGCCGUGGGGCUGGACCCGGCGCGCAGCACCAUCUUCCACCAGUCGUCCGUGCCCGCGCACGCCGAGCUCAUGUGGGUGCUGUCGUGCACCGCGUCCAUGGGCUACCUGUCGCGCAUGACGCAGUGGAAGAGCAAGAUGUCCCUGCCGGAGGACACAUCCGCCCUGCCGACAGAUGACCGCGUCGGCGGUGGCGCCAACAAGGCCGCCGCCCUCAAGCUCGGCCUCUUCUCCUACCCCGUCCUCCAGGCCGCCGACAUCCUCGUCCACCGCGCCACGCACGUGCCCGUCGGCGAGGACCAGCGGCAGCACCUCGAGUUCGCGCGCGAGUGCGCGACGGGCUUCAACCACGCGCACGGCGGCGGCGGCGGCGGCAACCCUGGCAUACUCGUCCCGCCCGAGACGAUUGUCAGCCCGGCACGGCGCGUCAUGAGCCUGACGGACCCGACCAAGAAGAUGAGCAAGUCGGACGCGAACCCGGCGAGCCGCGUGCUGAUCACGGACGCGCCGGCCGAGAUCCGGAAGAAGGUCAUGCGCGCCGUGACGGACUCGCAGAGCGGGUCCGUCAGCUACGACCCGGAGUCCCGCCCCGGCGUGUCGAACCUGCUCGAGAUCCUGGCCAUCCUCGAGGGCGAGGAGAGGACGCCCGCCGAGGCGGCGGCGGGCUUCGCUGGCUCGCAGCACCCGCUCAAGGCGCUCAAGGAGAGGACGGCGGACGCGAUCGUCGCCGAGCUGAGGGAUGUCCGCGAGAGAUACUUCGAGCUGAUGGGUCAUAAUGAUGGGAAGGAAUUAGAUGAGAUCGAGGCUCGGGGGGCUGAGAAGGCCAGGGCGAGUGCGGAUGUCACGAUGAAGCUUGUCAAGGAGGCCGUGGGGCUCUAG